CGUUCACUGCGCGCACUCAUUUCAACAUAAAGCUGACGCUCGCUCUGAAGCUGCGCCUGAUAGUAUCCAGUACAAACCAAAACAAGGAUUUCAAGCUUUGCAAGUAGUUUUAAAAAUCGGGAAAUGGACCAGAAAGACACAGAAAUGAACGAAAAAGGAGUUUCUUCUUCUACCAGCGGAGUUGUUGUUCAAGUCAGGGAGAAGAAAGGAGCUUUACGCGCUGCCAUCCCGUAUAUGCCUUUCCCAGUAGCUGUCAUCUGCCUGUUUCUCAACACAUUUGUGCCCGGACUGGGUACAUUCAUCUCAGCCUUCACGGUUCUGUGCGGAGCGAGGACAGACCUUCCCGACAGGCACGUGUGCUGUGUUUUCUGGCUGAACAUCGCAGCCGCCUUCAUCCAGAUCAUCACUGCCAUUGUCAUGGUGGGCUGGAUCAUGAGCAUAUUUUGGGGAAUGGACAUGGUCAUUCUUGCCAAAGAGUAUUGA